UGUUUCGUCUCCUGGGUGGGUGCAGGUGUAUCAAAUGUGUGGAACUCCUGGUGAACCAGGAACAGGAAGUCCUGUCCUCCAUGGGCAGAAGAGGAAAAGUGGCUCACUGACCGCUUCAGAAUACAAGCCCUCACCUACAGCUGGUCUCAGACUGGAAAUGCAGGUGUCAGACCUGUCCAGUAAGCUGAGGGAGAUGCGUCAGUAUUGGAUCCAGCUUCCUGUGGCACUUUGCAGUAAAUUUGCUGCAGGAGGCAACAGUCAGGAUAAAUGCUGGAACGGCAUGUCAAAAUCCAGAUACCUUCCAGAAGUUAUGGGCGAUGGUUUGGCCAGUCAGAUCAACAAUCCAGAAGUUGAGCUCGACAUCACAAAGCCAGACAUGAACAUCCGGCAGCAGAUCAUGCAACUCAAAAUAAUGAGCAAUCGGCUGAAGAACGCACUGGAUGGCAACGACGUAGACUUCCAGGAUGCAAGUGAUGACAUCAGCGGCUCAGGAAGUGGGAUGUGCGUUGGUGGAUUGUGUCCUCGGAGCAGACCUGGACUGUACGCCUACUCACCAGACGAUGGUCCAGUUGGAGGCGCUACCUCGUCCCAAAGCAACAUCUGUAAGCUCCUACUGCUGCUGCCUUUGACCAUCCUGCUGCUUCAGCGAUGAUGGAGCGCUGUUGCCACGUGUCAAGACUUUGGCAGCCAAAAUAACCGAACAAUGAGUCUGAUCGAUGGAAGACCGGAACAUACCUUUGCCAAAAAGUAGAAAAGACAUUUAGGGGCAAGAAUGGACAUUUUUUCUUUGACUAAGAUGAGCAAAAGUUAACUAGAGUCUUUAUUUUAAUGAGUUUUAUCAAGUUAUGAUUUGAAUGUGUUUUAGAAUUGGUCAGUGGAUUUUUUUUUUAUAGGAAUGAAUGAAGAAAAGGAAGGAAGUGACAA